GCAAAACAAAGACAUAACUCCCACACCGAAGAGUUCAAGAAACUCGUCAGCUCAAUCGCUACCCUACACAUUCGCUACAACCCACUACAUUUUGUGGUACACCCCCAGAAACACCGCAAAAAUGAUGCGAACAACCAUCCCAAGAGCCUGUAUGACCAGGAUCCGGACACCGGCAUUUUGUCAAUCAUUUGUGACCUCACACCCUAUGUGGAGUGAAGGUGACACAGGCGCCAUCCGACCUGGCGGUGUUGCUUCCAGUGACACAUUCAACCGCCGAGAACAAGCUUUGGAAAACAUGUACUUUAAGCAGCACGAGCUUGAAAAUAUCAAGAAGAUGAGAGAAAAGCUCCUCGCUCAACGGAAACAGCUCGACGAGGUCGAGAGCCACUUGAACGAGAUGGAACAGGCUGCAACCCAAAGAGCUGCCGAGGCCGAGAAACAAUCGAAAUGACUCGCGCAAAGCAAGCUCUAAUGACUUGAUGAACAACACCUUUUGUGAGAACAAGGGCUGGCAUGCCCCUGCGGUCUCGUGGAACAAAUCUAGAUGUGGACAUACAACAACAAACAAACAUCCCUAAUAUGGGAGGAAAGUCACAUACCACCAAAUUAUCAUGAUGGGCCUCCCGGUCGUUAUUACGACCUUGGUAGAAGGAUCCCGCUGGAAACGCUGCAUAUCUGAACUGAACAGAUAGCGGGACAGGCGUGUUCAAAAUGGACACAGUACAAAUGAGAACUUUGUUCAAACACAAGCUCGUAUUGUUUUUUGAUUGCCAACACUGCUAGAUGCCUGCCGGUCUACCACUCGGAUCGACGGUGAAACAUGGUGUCGUUUCGCCUGAAGAACCUACGUAGAUGCUGCUGAAAAGCGUUGAUCUCCAAAACAGUGCCAGAUCCCUCAUCUUCCUUGAGCUCUGCCGGCAAUCUCGUUGUACCAAAUAUCCGGCCAACUGUGCCCUUCCUGGCAUUGCUAGAGAACAAAACUGCGGCGAUGAGAAAAUCCGGGGAAGCAGAGCUGCAAGAUCCACUGAUGAAUCAGCGUUGAGCAGGACGCAGGACAUCCCGAGCCUGAUGCUACCCUGGUCAGGUCCCUGGCCCCUGUUGCGCGGCUCAUCAUCAGAUGGCAUCGCUUAUGUAACCGUCACGCCAUGUUGGUGAAAAGACGAAGGUACGUUGUACAGAUACGAGGUUGAGGGACAUGGCGGAUCCUGCAGUCCAGGUGGAAAAGCC